CCGCCCAGUUCCGGCCUGCUGAUCCAGGCGCCCAGUGACAGGCAGACCGAGGCCUGGUUGUGAAUCUUUUCAUUGUAAAAGAUCCUGCCGCUUGCCCGCUUCCUUUCGCCCGUUUCUCCUGGUCGAGGCGGCAGUUUGUAAGCCGAGAAGAUGCCGGCGGUGUCCAAAGGCGACGGGAUGAGGGGGCUGGCGGUGUUUAUCUCGGACAUUAGGAACUGCAAAAGCAAAGAAGCGGAAAUUAAACGAAUAAACAAAGAGCUGGCAAACAUCCGAUCGAAGUUCAAAGGGGACAAGGCAUUGGAUGGUUACAGUAAGAAGAAGUAUGUCUGCAAGUUGCUCUUCAUCUUCCUGCUUGGCCAUGACAUUGACUUUGGCCACAUGGAGGCAGUCAACCUGCUCAGUUCCAAUAAGUACACAGAGAAACAAAUUGGUUACCUUUUCAUCUCUGUGCUGGUGAACUCCAAUAGCGAGCUUAUCCGUCUCAUUAACAAUGCCAUUAAGAACGACCUGGCCAGCCGCAACCCCAUCUUCAUGUGUCUCGCCCUGCACUGCAUCGCGAACGUUGGCAGCAGGGAAAUGGCAGAGGCAUUUGCUUCUGAGAUUCCCAAAAUCCUGGUGGCUGGUGAUACUAUGGACAGUGUGAAACAGAGUGCUGCCUUGUGUCUGCUGCGUCUCUACAAGACUUCCCCAGACCUGGUACCCAUGGGCGAGUGGACGUCUCGAGUGGUCCAUCUACUAAAUGACCAGCAUCUGGGGGUGGUGACUGCUGCUACCAGUCUCAUCACUUGCUUGAGCAAGAAGAACCCUGAUGAAUUCAAGACUUGUGUUUCGUUGGCCGUUUCCAGACUUAGUCGGAUUGUAUCAUCUGCCUCCACUGAUCUGCAGGAUUACACAUAUUACUUUGUUCCAGCCCCCUGGCUUUCUGUCAAGCUGCUACGACUCCUGCAGUGCUAUCCUCCACCUGAGGACACUGCUGUGAAGGGUCGCCUGAUUGAAUGUAUGGAGACUAUUCUGAAUAAGGCUCAGGAGCCACCUAAAUCCAAGAAGGUACAACACUCCAACGCUAAGAAUGCAAUUCUUUUUGAAGCAAUCAGCCUUAUUAUACAUUAUGACAGCGAGCCUAACCUGUUAGUACGUGCGUGCAACCAACUUGGCCAGUUCCUGCAGCACCGUGAAACUAACCUGCGAUACCUGGCUCUGGAAAGCAUGUGUCUGCUGGCGGGAUCAGAAUUCUCGCAUGAGGCUGUCAAAACCCACAUCGAAACAGUCAUCAAUGCACUGAAGACUGAGAGGGAUGUGAGUGUUCGCCAACGAGCCGCAGACCUCCUGUAUGCCAUGUGUGACCGAACAAAUGCACCACAAAUCGUGGCCGAAAUGUUAAGCUACCUGGAAACAGCUGAUUAUUCCAUUCGUGAAGAGAUUGUUCUGAAGGUGGCCAUUCUAGCAGAGAAGUAUGCUGUGGAUUACACGUGGUAUGUGGACACAAUUCUGAACCUCAUCCGCAUUGCAGGGGACUAUGUCAGUGAGGAAGUAUGGUACCGAGUCAUUCAGAUCGUUAUUAACCGUGAUGACGUCCAAGGUUAUGCAGCAAAGACUGUGUUUGAGGCACUCCAGGCCCCAGCCUGUCAUGAGAACAUGGUGAAGGUGGGUGGAUACAUCUUGGGAGAAUUUGGGAAUCUCAUUGCAGGUGAUCCACGAUCCAGCCCCUUGGUUCAGUUCAACUUGCUGCAUUCCAAGUUCCACCUGUGCAGCGUUCCGACCCGGGCACUACUGCUCUCCUCUUACAUUAAGUUUGUCAACCUGUUCCCUGAGACCAAGACCACCAUCCAGGACGUGCUGCGCAGCGACAGCCAGCUCCGAAAUUCUGACGUGGAGCUCCAGCAGAGGGCCGUGGAGUACCUCAAGCUCAGCUCAAUUGCCAGCACCGAUGUUCUGGCCACUGUUCUGGAAGAGAUGCCCCCAUUCCCCGAGCGGGAAUCAUCCAUUCUCGCAAAGCUCAAGAAGAAGAAGGGACCAGGCACUGUGACGGACAUGGAGGAAGGGAAGAAGGAACAAACAGAGGUCAACGGUGGCGUGGAGCCUGCUGUGAAUGCCAGCACAGUGUCUACGCCCUCCCCUUCUGCUGACCUUCUAGGCUUGAAGAACACCCCUGCCAGUGGAGGCAGCCUGUUGGUGGAUGUUUUUUCUGAUGCUGUGCCUGCCACCGGUGCUCUAGCACCUGGAUCCGAAGACAACUUCUCCCGAAGCUUGGAUCUGCCGGGUGAGAGCCCUGCAUCGUUGCUGGUGGACGCAGCCCUGAGUGCAGACACUGUCACGACUGUGCCUGCUGCUGGCUCUGAGGACCCUGCUUUGCCCGUACCUGAUGCUGACGAUCUCCUCAACAAGUUUGUCUGUAAAAACAAUGGAGUCCUAUUUGAAAACCAGCUUCUGCAGAUCGGAAUAAAGUCAGAAUACCGACAGAAUCUGGGUCGAAUGUACCUGUUCUUUGGGAACAAGACGUCCGUCCAGUUCCUAAACUUCACACUGAAUGUCAGCUGUCCUGGCGAGCUGCAAAAUGAGCUGAAUGUUCAGGCCAAGCCGGUGGAGCCAGUCGUGGAAGGUGGAGCACAGGUUCAGCAAGUGAUUAACAUUGAAUGCUUGUCGGAUUUCACUGAAGCCCCCCUGCUCAACAUUCAGUUCAGAUAUGGUGGCACCCUGCAGAAUAUCACUUUAAAACUACCCAUAACCGUCAACAAGUUUUUCCAGCCAACAGAGAUGGCAUCUGAAGACUUCUUCCAGCGUUGGAAGCAGCUCAGCAGUCCCCAACAGGAAGCACAGAAGAUCUUUAAAGCUAAUCAUCCCAUGGACACAGAGGUCACCAAGGCUAAGUUGAUAGGAUUCGGUUCUGCUCUGCUGCAGGAUGUCGACCCCAAUCGUGAUAACUUUGUCGGCGCGGGAGUCAUUCACACAAAAUCCAUCCAGGUCGGGUGUUUGUUGAGGCUGGAACCCAACAGUCAGGCACAGAUGUAUCGCCUCACACUACGCACAAGCAAGGAGGCUGUGUCGAAGCGACUAUGCGCAUUACUGUCUCAACAGUUCUGAAGCCUCCUACAUGUAAUCGAUCUCUUACACUAUACUGAGUGUUUGUUUAAGUCUGAGAGAGAGUGUGUGUAUGUGUGUGUGUGUGCGUACGCAUGUGUGAGAGAAGGUCCAUAUAUCAACGCGCCACGUCCAGUGAAAUCUUCAAGAAAUAUCAUGUGACGUCCUUUAAGUACAGUAUAUGUUUACGUGAUUGUAGAGUUUUUUUUUGCUAUUGAGGGACUUGGAACGUUCCUUGGUACACGAGGCAUCAAAUGUGGCAGCGAAAGAGGGAAAGGGCGAGCAGGGCUGGCACCAGAUUGUGGUAAAGUCAACACUACUUGUGAAGUAACUGCUGCCCGUGGUCCUUCUCAACUGUGUUGACGAGCAACAUUUAAUGAUUGUAACGCUCCCGGUAAUGAGGGAUGUCAGACUAAAUGGUUAUAAACCUCUCUGCCUGCUUUUACAGGAUAUUGGCGAGCAGAAAGCUCCUCCCUUUACACAGGGCUUGAUACGUGCACCACAGUGUAAGGCUGAGCCACACACAGCCCAAGUAGGUCGACCUGCAGAGUGUGACGGAGUUAGCUCUCGGCUGGACGCUGCUGUUCCCUUCAGUUGCCCGGGUUGGGAAGCAAGUCCAGUUGGCUGUUGUGUGUCUCCUGGCUGCUUUUCCAGAGUGCGUUCCAGUGCUGAUGUUUAGUGAAGGUGGGAUCAGACUUGGCUGUGAUGCACCCCCACAGCUCAGUAGUCUGCAGGCACUCACCGUUUAGGCUUGUGCACACAGAGAGGCAGUUUGGGCAGGGUGUUGGAGGAUGCCUACUGUCUGAAGAUCUGACCUCUAGUGAGAAGACACUGCCUUCCGAGAGAUGGUGGGGGAGAAUAUUGAGCAGAAUUUCUCCAGUAGCCAUCGGGUGACUCGCCCUUUUGGUUCCCACUGCCUUUGCAGAUCUCAAAAUGUGGUGAUGCCCGAAUACCAAAAGACUUGAAGUCCCACCUCGCUGUUAAUCAAUAUAGUCAUUCCUUAUAUUAAAAAAGUAUGAAGUAAUUGUAAAAUGUAUCUGUAUAUAACUCCUUAUUUAGGACUGGAUAGAAAUACCUGUAAGACCAAUUUACUCUCUGGUCACUGAUGUUAAAUUAGCUGUUUCAAUGUCACCACUGAGAAUUAAGAGGGUGGGUGAUUUUUUUUUAUAUUUAACCUUGAGCUUAAUGUUUUGUUACAAGUGCAAAAAGACUGGAACACUUCCCUUCCAAACCUCUUUAGACAAAUAUGUCUUCCCAAGGUUCUAUAGACAACAAAGUCUGCUCUCUCAUCACCUUCAAGCUCAACAAGCUCUCAUUCCCCCACCUUCCCUACCAUUAGCAGUCAGCACAAGCUGCAUGAUGCGUGCGGUUGAGCAGAAAUGCUUGCUUUAGUUUUAAUGCAACGAAACGUGACGAAGGGGUAAAUUGUUCCUUAUUCUGAAUCUGCUUUCAUGCCAGCGUCAAUUUCUUUGGUUCCGAGUCUGGGAAACCUCUGUCCAUGAGCCAGCUCCUCAGCGUCUUCACUUCUCAAGCCAGCUUCCCCAUCCUGUGCAGACCCAGCUCUUCAUGGAUUUACAAGGAACCGGAUUUGGCAACAUAAACAGAGGAAAUGCAGCCCAAACUGCUUUUGUCUCCCACAUUCAAAAGUUUAAAUUUCUUCUUUUCCCCUCCUGCUCUCUGCAUCAAUGUCCUUCAAUUAUGAAUGUGUCUUUUGUCUUUUUGGGGUUGGCUUGCUUGUUAACCCCCGCCUUCUAUUUCUUUCAACAUACCACUACUACUCUGAGAGUUGUCUUGUAAAUGGUAAGCAAACUUGUGCUGUGCGUACCCCAGAUUAGGCGUAACCUGUCCUUGUUUGUGCAAGAGGAUCCCUAUGCCUAAUGCCUGUAUAUAGAACUAACCCAUGCAACUGGAUAACAUGGCAAUGGGGCUUCUUUGCUGAGCUGUAUAAAAUAGAGAGAGCUUAACCAGUUUCAAAGGCUGAUCUUUAACGAGAGCAAAAUCAAUAGUAAAUUAAUGGAGAUGGGGAAGCUAUGUUGAAUCUUCAAUGUCAACAGAGAUUUGGACCAUUUAACUAAUGGAGUUGCUGUGGCCUCAAUGAAAUACUUGAGUCAAAAUGUAACCUUGGAAAAGGAAAAAAAUACAAGAAAACAAAAUGUGAA